AUGGAGAUCCCAAAAGAAACACCAGAGCCGUAUUCGGCCAUCCUAGUAAUAGAAGAGGAAUGGGCAUGCUGGGACAAGAAAGCCAUUAUGAAGGCGCUUUUUGAUCCUGUUGAGUGGAGAGAUUGGAAACUCAACUUUGCGAAGGAGCAAAUUGAAAGGUUUACUGUGGCACAGCGGCCUGACAUGGUCGAAAGUCUGAAGGAGCGUUACCUUCCCUAUGUUUUCUCAACCGUACUCCUCCAGGACCUCCGACUUCAACCUAUAGCCUACUAUCGUCUAGAAACCCUGAAGGAGUUGUACGAUGCGGAUUGGACGACUCUAUAUCGUACGAAUAUCAAAGCUGUUAUGGAAGCCUACAGAAAUGGGACCCUGAAAGUCGUUAGUGGUGCAGUAUCCUACUGGUAUAACGGUCAUAUGAAAAUUGCCCCAACUCGGGAGCCGGUCAAUUUAGAGGAGGAGCUGCCAAAAUGGAGAGCAGAACAUGGGCCGGAGGGCAUUGGGGCGAAUCGGUCUCUGCUCCGGUUCCCCAACUUGCUUCUCUGUCUACUCAUCCGCGCGAUCCUCAGAGAAUCCCCAAUGACCCACGCGUAUACGAACAAUCCGAUAUGCUUAGCGUAG